AUGAGACUAUCCGUUGCCUUCGCCGCGCUUUGCGCCAUCCCUGCCCUGGCCCUCUCGACUGUUGAACAACGCGGCGAGGAGAAGCGUGGCGGAGAGUUGUACUCUGAGGGUCAUCACCACCCCCACGACCCCCUUCACCAGCAUUAUCGCCCUCACUGGCCUCACCACGAGCACCCGCAUCACUACCACCAUCACAAAGAGUGCGAGCACAAGCACCCUAAGCACCCUCAUCAUCACAAGCUUCCUCACUACCACUGCAAGGAGCACAAGCACUGCAAGCACCAUAGGGAGCACAAGCACUGCAAGGACCACAAGCAUUGCAAGCACCAUAGGGAGCACAAGCAUGUCGAGGACAAGGUUUUGACCGAGCACAUUGUCUGCGGCAAGCUCAACUGUCUUGCCGACAGGGCUGAGGAGAUCACCUACUUUAUCAAGGGCCUCGAGUGUGGCUACGAUGACAACUGCUGGAAGAAGGUCAAGGACGCUCUUUACGAGCUUGAGUUUGAUCUGGACAUCUUUGACAGAACCAUUGACAAGUCGGACCUCAACAAGUGCUUCACCUGCACUGAGGAGUCCAAGAUUGCCUGCUGCUACAAGACCUACGCUGAUGCUUUGAUCCGCCUGCUCCGUCUCAUCAAGGAGAAGAGCGAGUACCUCGAGGGCGAGAUUGACAAGUUUGUCCUCACCGCCGUCAACAGCUUGCGCGCAGCCGACAGCGCCUUCAUUUACGAGCUUGGCCGCCGCCUGCACUGCGAGGAGUCUCUCAAGUCGGUGAUGCACAAGCAGGGUGCCGUCGAGGGAACCACCAAGGGCAGCAUCCAGGAGGCUUUCAGCAAGUUCAUCUUCACGCCUCUGAUUACUGGGGAGCACUUUAAGAACAAGGAGCACCACCACGAGUAA